CAGGUUCGUCUCGUCAUCGGUGAGAAGGGCCUGAUCUGCGAGGAGAGGGACGUGAGCUUGCCGCUGCAGGAGCACAAGGAGCCGUGGUUCAUGAGGCUGAACCUGGGCGAGGAGGUGCCCGUCUUCCUCCACGGCGACACCAUCAUCAGCGACUACAACCAGAUCAUAGAUUACCUGGAGAAAAACUUUGUGGGAGACGCAGUGGCUCCGCUGAUUCCUGAGGCUGAAUCGCCCCUCCACGAUCGCGUGCAGCAGUACCGUCAGCUUCUGGAUGGACUGCCCAUGGACGCUUACACGCACGGCUGCAUCCUCCAUCCAGAGCUCACCAUCGACUCUAUGAUCCCAAAGUACGCCACCGCAGAAAUACGGAGACACUUGGCCAACGCUGCGACGGAGCUGAUGAAGUUGGACCACGAGGAGCCUCAGCUGACAGAACCGUACCUGUCCAAGCAGAAAAAGCUCAUGGCGAAGAUCUUGGACCACGACAAUGUGAACUACCUGAAGAAAAUUCUGGGAGAGUUAGCCAUGGUCCUCGAUCAAGUGGAGGCUGAACUGGAGAAAAGGAAACUAGAGUAUCAAGGUCAGAAAUGUGAGUUGUGGCUAUGUGGACCUGAAUUUACGCUAGCUGAUAUCUGCCUCGGAGCCUUGUUGCACAGGCUCAAGUUCUUGGGACUUUCUAAGAAAUACUGGGAGGACGGCAGCCGACCCAACCUGCAGUCCUUUUUUAUGCGUGUGCAAAAACGCUACGCUUUCCGGAAGGUCUUGGGCGACAUCCACACGACCCUCCUGUCCGCGGUCCUACCCAACGCUUUUCGGAUGGUAAAAAAGAAGCCGCCGUCCUUCUUCGGCGCCUCUUUUCUCAUGGGCUCGCUGGGGGGGAUGGGCUACUUUGCCUACUGGUUUUUAAAAAAGAAAUACAUGUAGUGAAUGCCCUCUUGUUGUGUUAAAUGUCUGUGUAUUUGUGUGAUGUUUCAAUUUUUCUGUAACGUUUUAUGACUGCAGGAAAACAUAAUGAAUCUAUAUAGAGAACACUAUUACUUACCUGGGCGAACAAAGAAAUAUUAAAACAUUCCAUGAUAAGAAAUUCUCGACAGCACAUUUUCUGGUAACGAAGACCUUCAUCAAGUUUAAUUUGUGGAAACUCGCAGCUCUUCUCCUGCGCCCGCGAGGAGUCCUCGUUUGACUUUAGUUGGAGGCAGGUCCACGUGCACUGAAAACUUAACGUAGAAACCCAGACGAAAAUGUCGAACGCAGUCGCACCAACCGGGGUUAACUGACCCUCGCAUGCCACUUCCAUAGUCGUUACUUAUACCUGCUGACCACGCCUCCAGCUGCCUGAGGUUUCACCAGUCAAACCACAGGAAAACGGACGCGACGAGAAGAGCUGCGCUGCCAGAAACUGCCAGACGAGACCUUGAAAGAACGGAGGCAAACUGUUCUGGAAUAGUUUGACAUGUUGGGGAAAUGUGCUAAUUCCUUUUGUUUGUGGUUGAAACUUAGACGAGAAGAUUGAUGCGACUGAUUGAAUCUGAAAUUUGAAUGGUACUUAGCAGAGCUCAAACCUACGCCAAGGAUCGACAGUCCCCCCGAGGCCAAAGCUUUGGGCCCCCCGGUGUAGACAGAGGGUAUCCGACACCAAGACUCCGUCUUCUGUUUGCUUUACACCGAGAAAGUUUCACAGAACCGCGACUGAACUGAUCCUGGAUCCUUCAAAUGCAGCCAAAUGACACAUAGAUACAUCCUGUCAUCGUUAACGGUGCCGUCAGGCGACGAGACAACGGAACACGUGAUUGAAAAACCCAUUAAAACUUUCUCAUCGUGUCCAACUUCGGUUCUGUUGCUAGGCAACAGCAAUGAGAGCAAGAUGAGCAGUGGAUGCAGAUCUGGAAAAAAACCUCCGUAGACCAAAACUGUCUCGUUUGGUUUCAGUCAACGUAGCCAACGAAGGCCGCCUCCGUCGUGGGCUGCGUAGACAACCUCCUCCGAAAGGAUGUUGAGACACGGUUACACUCCAACUACUUUAUCCCUCGAGUCAAACCUCUCUCCGCACAAUGUCCUAUCAACGGCUGUCCGGAGUUGAAUUUGAAUUUGUUCGGACUCAUUUGCUCUUCAAACCGACUGCGGGCGACCGAAGCUCAGACGUGAUUGGUCAAACUGGAAACCGACCCCAAAAUCUAGUCUGCGUGUGAAUAUGUAAGGAACGCUCUAUCUCGCAAUGUUGAA